AUGGCGAGCGGCAGCAGCCUGGCGGCGGUAGCUGGCCUCGCAAAAGCUCCCGCCGCUGGAGGCCCCGUCGCGCCCGCCGGCCGCCUGUCGGCCGCCUGCUCCUGGGAGUGCCGGGCGGACCUGGCGGGAGUCCUGCGCCUCGUCCCGGAGGGGGAAGCCGACGCCUGCGAGCCCCUGGGACACCCGCUGAACGGGUGAGGAAGGCGCCCGAGACCGGGGUACGGGGCGGGGGGAUACACACGCCCCAGGUCGCGGGCCUUCCUGUUCUCUGGAAGGAGCCCCGGGAGCCGUGGGAAGGAGGCGAGGGGCAGCCGAGACGUGGCCUCGAGGGGCUUUGCGGGGGGCUGCCCCUCUUCCAGAACCCCCCAACCCCCAGAAUGACCGCCAAAUGCUGAACAAGCAUCAAACAACCACAGAGGCUUCCGCGUCGUGACUCAGCGGGCAGGGUGUAGUGUGUUUUUGCACGAAAAGGAUCCCAGGCUCAUCAGUUCCCGGCAUCGAUCCCUGCCUUGGAAACCUUGGAGAGCUCCUGCUGUCAACUUUCCCCAAAUUGAACCCAAACACAUUGCACUCGGGGGACCCGCUUCUUAAAUCUUUGGCCGUAUAGUUUGCACGGUUGCACUUGGCGUCUGCUGCGACCCAAUUUGGAUCAAUUGGAAGACUAGUGGGUGUAGCAGCAGCCUGGCAAGAAUAUGCUCUUGUCCUCAUUCCACCUUUUCAAUCCACCCUUCCCCCUCUGGGGUAGCUUUCUUACUUGCUCUAGAACAGUGGUUACCAAUCUUUUUUUGGCCGUGCCCCACGUAAGUAUCUCUAAAAUCCUGGUGUCGUCCCCGCCCCCUCUGCGACAUAUAAUUCUUAUUAUUCAAAAAGUAAACUAUUCACGUGGAGGAAGCCUAAAAUGCCAUUAACUUGGUCUAACUCAUUCUUGAAUUGUCCCUACCCGCUAUAAAUCAAAUUGCCCUCCUGCGGGGCGUUUACACCACAUUGGGAACCACAGCUCUAGAACAAGUCCCUUUUAUAAGUUAGGUUCCGAAGUCUCAGCUCCAUUUUUCCAUUCUGGCAACCUUGCAGUGACCCUCCACUACCUAAAACAGGGGUCCCAAUUUACACAUGGUAGCUCCUGUUAAUUUGGUUUAGCAGCUAGGUUUCCAAAUCAGGGUAGUAGCCUGCUCUCCACCGAGAACACCGCCAGGGGCUACAGAGGGAAGAGGUUCUCCCAGCACCGAACUAAUCCACUAGGGGUUCAGUGGACAGUACUGGGUUUGAUGGGACCAGUGCUCUGAAUAGGUAUAAGGCAGUGUCUUGUAUAACGUUUAUAGGCUCCAAAGCUGAGUAAACCUAUUGGACACAGUGGGCCUUACUUUUGAGCAGACGGCCAAAGUUGUAGUACAAGCUAUCAUGGAUCCAAGUAUGAAAGCUUAUUUUACAAUGGCAGUGUGAUUGUGUACAUGCACCAAAGUAAGUAUUAUUUCACUCAGUGGGGCUUGCUCACAGAUAAGUGUGACAUAAAACCUUUUUUAAAAAGUGCUCACAAGACCUUUAGUUGUUUUUGCUGCAACUGACUAGCACAGCUCCUGGGUCUUUUAACAGUUUCCUCAGAAAUAGGUUUUUCUUAAAGGUACUGCUCUCUUCAUCUCUCUGCAAUGGUUAGCCGGAGCUACCAGAAUCAUUCUUUUUUUAAACCGUGCCUAUGAAUGGUAGCACUAAUGAAUUGCAGCAGCUACAGCUUAGAUCUGCUACAGCUUAGAUCUGAAUUCAAGUCCUCGUUUUCCAAAGAAGCUCAUUAACUGAUCUAAAACAGUAGUUUCACCAAGCCAACAAUGGUCAGAUACUCUAGUAUCCUAUCAUUCAGACAUAGAAAAAAACUGUAUUUGAACAAUGUGGCAACAACAGGGGUAAAUACAGUCCUGUGAGGUAUAUCACUAUUCUCUCAUUUAUUAUACAGAUACAGAGUUUAAGCUAUAUUGGUGAUUAUAUCUUACCGUGCAAUCCUGUGCACAUUCAUUCAGAAGCAAGUCUUGUUGUAAGUCCCAGUGGAGUUCAUUUGCACAGUGCAGUUGGCACCCACAGGUUCUGAUCUCAAUUUAAAAUGCAACACUAUUCACCAACUAACACUUGUAAGAGGAGUAUUUUAAAACACACACGCACACACUGUCAUGAGCAGUUUGUCAUUAACAAAACUUUACUGUUUAGUAUCUGGAACUGUCAGUGCUUUGGCUAAAUGUAUAAUUCUAGAUGGACUUUCCCACCUUCUAGUGAGAAUGUUGUGGUUCUUGAAGGACGAUUACACAAUGACAUCGUCGCUCCAUGCUUACUGUACUUGCACUGUGACCCCCACGGUUCAGAAGAAAUUAUUGGUCUUGGCAUUGUCAGUGAGGCCCGGAACAUGGAAGUCUACGUUGGUGACGAGUACUGUGGAACUGGCAGAGGAGCGAAAGUCUUUACUGGCCAACAUAGCAGGUCAGUUGUUUUCUCCUUUUUUUCCAGGUUGCUGACAUGUUAGUUUUAUGUGGCACACUGAAAGGAAAGAACUAUAUGCAUUCCACUUCACAAAAAGCUUUUCUACCUGAUCACCUGGAGGCAGCUCCAAUGCAUUAUAAGGCUAGCGUACUCAUUUCUUACAAGAGAAUCAUUUUUUAAGUUGCAUCUUUUUGAAAACUCAGGCAUGGCAUUUCAAGGAACUGUGGAUAUAUAGGAAGUUUCUUUUAAAGAAUGAAUGGGGAAACUGUUGUUGGACUCUCAACUCCCACCAGCCCUAGCCAACAUGACCAAUGGUCAUUGAUGAUGGGAGUUGUAGUCUAGUAACCUCUGGAGGGCCACAGGUUCUCCACCCAAGUUUUAAAGCAAAUGAGAGAGUUGUCAUUUAAAAGAUAAAGACUUAGUUUGAGAUGGACAAUUUGGAUUUUAGAUAAAGCAUGUUGUCACACUGCAUAACCAAAUAUUGUUGUUUCUCCUUCUUUUUUUUUACCAACUUAUGCAUUGAUAUUGCCAUGCAGACUGCUUUCUGCUAGUGCAUUGAAAUGCAAAGCAACAUUUGGGAUGCUGGUUGGGAGCUACUGUUAAAAGAAAUUUCUCCCCCGAAGAAAAAGUGUCUGCAUCUGACUCACUGAAGGGAGGAGGAUAGAGGGUGAGAGGUUAGCAAUGAGACCCUUUGUGGAUAGGGCAACCAGCCUCAUGCCGCAAAAGAAAGAAAAGGCUAUUGAUAGGUAAAACUGUAGGUGUACUGGACAAAGCUGAUCCUCCAACUACAUGCGUUUCAAGAAGUUUAUAUGGGAAUGACAUUGGGACCAGAGCCUUUAUUAUGCUUGUGCCCCAUGGUGCAUAGUGGCCUCCUUACCCCAGCAGUGGAGCAUAUGCCCACACUGCCCGGGGGUGUGUGUGGUGUGCGCCCCCAAGGGGGCCGGGGGCUGGAGGGCACCCUCCUAAGCGUCACAUUCCAAGGGGGGCAGGGAAGCUGCCACCAACUCCCCUCCUGCUCUUCACCACCAGGUCGGGCCUGACCCGACAGCAGAGCUGCUGUGGCCAAGGAGGGUAGGUGGCAUUGUUGCUGCCCACUCUCCUGCUCUCCUCCCCCAGGUCAGGUCUGACCCAGGGGCGGAGCUGUGCCCAGGCAUGAGCGCUGCGACCAAGGCGCAGCUCCUUCUCGCUCAGAGCCAGGCUCCAAUGAAGGAGCCUGCUUUGGGGGCGCCUGUCUGUGCCCCCUCACAAAUUGCAUCCAGGGCCAAGGCCCCCAUGGACCCCCCCCCCGCUACACCUCUGCCUUACCCUAAGUGUCAAGACGCCCUCUGGACCAGCAUGAUUGCAUAUGGGGCAAGGGGAUGCCACUGAAAGGACCCAAGUCGUGCAUCCAUGCAAGCCACACUUGUAUAUGUGGUUCUCCGGAUCAUAGUCUUGAUACAUACAUUUUUACACUAUGUUUAAAUCAUAUUUGGACCCAUCAAACCACUCAAAAUAUAUCAAAGUUGUUGAGAUUUUCAGUCAUUCUUUUCUUUUCUUUUCCUGGGCAUCAGUGUAAGCAGUACCUUGAAAAACAGCAGUAGGCUAAUCUGUGUUGUGCUUCUUGUGAAAAGCUGUUGCAUAAAACUUCAUGUUGUUAUACAGAAUUUCCACAGCUUGUAUUUUUUUUAAUUUUCUAGCAAAAAUGACCAGGUUUCAUUAUACCAAAAGUCACUUAAAUUGGAGUGCUCCGCAGCCUCUUGUAAGAUUAAGGUAGGAAGUUACAGAAAUUAUUUCUUAAAUUGUGGUUAUCAAUCUUAUUUAUUCAAAAAGGCAGCACCGUGCCAUGCUCUGUGUUCUGUUCUGAGUACUGAAAUAAAAGGAGGAAAUAUGAUUCCUUUCAAAGAGCAAUGAGAGUCUUGUAUCUACAGUCAGACCUAGUGUUGGCAACUGAUGUGAUCAGGAAUCUCCUGGAUGCCUUGCAUUGACAAAGGGACCAGUAAUCAAUCUGAGCUGAUGCUGGACCUUAAACAAGGAGCCUGUAGCAGGAAGCACACUGAGAUUCUUACUUUACUGUGGAAAUUUCUGGGAGAGAAUUGAGAGGGGGAAAGACCCACCUAGGCCAGUCCAGUUCUGCAGCAAUAUCCCAGCCAUCAAUGUAUCUGUGAGAUGAAGAGGGGAACCACUGGGGGAAGAGGUGACCUACCCCUGGCCUGCCAAAAGAAAAAAACAGCCCUGCAUCAUGGUGCUCCCUAGACAGCAACUCCAUAAUAAUUACCUUUCAAAAAGUUUGUUUUUUUUUCUAGACCAAGUUUACUGCUUAUAAUCCAUAAUAUUUUGUAGAGGUAAGUAACUAUUUAACUAUUUCAUCAGUUCACUCCUGUCUGUGUCCUUCCCCCCUCCACCAUCCAGCUGCUGUCCAUCCCUGAAAAACAAAGAGUCCUCAUCAGUAAAAUCAUAG